AUGGAAAGAAUUAAGUUUUGGGUUUAUCUCUGUUUUCUCAUCCCAUCAUUGGUCUGUUCAGUAUUUCUCCUCUCUUACCUUCUAUCAAAUCGAACGUUGCGUACUGCUCUGCAUAAUCAUGCCAUUAUCGUUUUUCUUCUCAUCGGCCUUUUCUAUCAAGCUACUCUUUAUCCAUGGAUGCUCUACUACUACAACUAUGAAGGCAUUUGGCAUCGUUCAUCGCUCUUUUGCACGAUUUGGGCUUUUAUCGAUUGGGGCCUAUACUACACUCAGAUGAUACUCUUCGCCUGGGCUUCGAUGGAAAGACACAUUUUAAUCUUUCAUCACAAUUGGUUGUCAACACGACAGAAACGUUUGUUUGUACAUUAUUUACCACUAGUCAUGCUUCUUCUCUAUUGUCUUGUCUAUUACAUACUGACAAUAUUUUUUCCGCCUUGCAAAAAUACGUUUGAUGUUUCUCAAAUGACAUGUGUUGUACUAUGUUAUCUUUUUCAAUCCUUUGCACUUUACACAUAUGAUACACUUGUCCAUCAAGUCCUUCCGAAUCUCAUCAUUGUUAUCUUUAGCAUCGCUUUAUUGUUACGCGUGCAUUGGCAAAAGAAACGCGUAGGAAAGUCACUACAAUGGCGAAAACAUUGGAAAAUGACUGGUCAAAUGUUGUUUAUUUCCACUAUUUAUCUUCUAUUCGCGUUACCAAUCACUUUAAUGAAUUUCUUACAUCUGUGCGGUUUAUCUCGUAAUGUGAGCGCACAAUUGAUGGAUUAUUUAUUCGUCUUCAACUACUGUAUGAUACUUCUUUGGCCGUUCGCAUGCGCUUGGUCAUUACCGCAGCUUAAAUACAAACUCAAGAAUGUAUUCAAUUUCCGCCGACAAACACGAGCCGUUGGACCCAUUACAUUGUAUGCAGGAAAGAUUAUUCUUCUACAAACAUUGAGCUCUUAA